UGCGCGGGGCGGGACUUCCGGGGGCGAUGGUUGCAUCAGAUUCUGGUAAAUGUCUGUAGCCGCAGCCGCGGGUCCCGCAUUCCCAGGCAUGGCAGGUUCCUCUGCGGAGCAGGCUCCUGACUACAGGUCCAUUCUGAGCAUUAGUGACGCGGCAGCCAGGGCCCAAGCCCUGAACGAGCACCUCAGCACGCGUAGCUAUGUCCAGGGGCACUCACUGUCCCAGGCAGACGUGGACGUGUUCAGGCAGCUCUCGGCCCCGCCCACUGACCCCCGGCUCUUCCACGUGGCUCGGUGGUUCAGGCACAUAGAAGCGGUCCUGGGCGGCCCCUGUGACAAAGGCGGGCCCUGCGGGCUCCAAGCAAGUAAAGGCCGUUGCGUGCAGCCUCAGUGGUCCCCUCCCACGGGGACCGAGCCGUGUAAGCUCCGCCUAUACAACAGCCUCACCCGGAACAAGGACGUGUUUAUACCUCAAGAUGGCAAGAAGGUGACGUGGUACUGCUGCGGGCCAACCGUCUACGACGCAUCUCACAUGGGGCAUGCCAGGUCCUAUAUCUCUUUUGAUAUCUUGAGAAGAGUGUUGAAGGAUUACUUCAAAUUCGAUGUCUUUUACUGCAUGAACAUCACAGAUAUUGAUGAUAAGAUCAUCAAGAGAGCCCGGCAGAACCACUUGUUCGAGCAGUACCGGGAGAAGAAGCCGCAGCCCGCACAGCUGCUGGAGGACGUGCACGCCGCCCUCAAGCCAUUUUCAGUAAAAUUAAACGAGACUACAGAUCCCAAUAAAAAGCAGAUGCUGGAGCGGAUUCAGCACGCGGUGAAGCUUGCCGCGGAGCCGCUGGAGAAAGCCGUGCAGUCCCAACUCACAGGAGAGGUCGACAGCCGUGCGGAGGUGUUGUUGGAGGAGGCCAGGGACCUGCUUUCUGACUGGCUGGACUCCACACUCGGCAGCGGGGUGACCGACAAUUCCAUUUUCUCCAAACUGCCUAAGUUCUGGGAAGGAGAAUUCCACAAGGACAUGGCGGCUCUGAACGUUCUCCCUCCAGAUGUCCUGACCCGGGUUAGUGAGUACGUGCCAGAAAUCGUGAACUUCGUGCAGAAGAUUGUGGACAACGGCUACGGCUACGCUUCCAAUGGCUCUGUCUACUUUGAUACCGCGAAGUUCGCCUCUAGUGAGAAACACUCCUACGGGAAGCUGGUGCCCGAAGCUGUUGGGGAUCAGAAUGCUCUUCAGGAGGGGGAAGGGGACCUGAGUGUCACCGCAGACCGCCUGAGUGAGAAGCGCUCGCCCAACGACUUCGCGCUGUGGAAGGCCUCCAAGCCGGGAGAGCCGUCCUGGCCGUGCCCCUGGGGGAAGGGUCGUCCGGGAUGGCACAUCGAGUGCUCUGCCAUGGCGAGCACCCUCCUGGGAGCCUCGAUGGAUAUUCAUGGAGGUGGGUUCGACCUCCGGUUUCCCCACCACGACAAUGAGCUGGCGCAGUCGGAGGCCUACUUUGAGAACGACUGCUGGGUCAGGUACUUCCUCCACACUGGCCACCUGACGAUCGCAGGCUGCAAGAUGUCCAAGUCACUGAAGAACUUCAUCACCAUCAAAGAUGCCUUGAAGAAGCAUUCAGCGCGGCAGCUGCGCCUGGCCUUCCUCAUGCACUCCUGGAAAGACACGCUGGACUACUCGAGCAACACCAUGGAGUCGGCGCUGCAGUACGAGAAGUUCAUGAACGAGUUUUUCUUAAACGUGAAGGACAUCCUGCGCGCUCCCGUCGACCUCACCGGCCAGUUUGAGAAGUGGGAAGACGAGGAGGCAGAGCUCAACCGGAUCUUUUACGCCAAGAAGAUGGCCGUGCACGAAGCCCUCUGCGAUAACAUCGACACGCGCACGGCCCUGGAGGAGAUGCGUGCCCUGGUCAGUCAGUGCAACCUCUACGUGGCGGCCCGGAAGGCUGCGAGGAGGACGCCCAACCGGGCUCUGCUGGAGCACAUCGCCCUCUACCUCACGCACAUGCUGAAGAUCUUCGGGGCCAUAGAAGAGGAAAGCUCCCUGGGCUUCCCAGUCGGAGGGCCUGGAAGCAGCCUGAACCUGGAGGCCACAGUCAUGCCCUACCUUCAGGUGUUAUCGGAAUUCCGGGAAGGAGUGCGGAAGAUCGCCCGAGAGAAGAAAGUCCCCGAGGUCCUGCAGCUCAGCGACAGCCUGCGCGACGACGUCCUGCCCGAGCUCGGGGUGCGGUUUGAAGACCACGAAGGACUGCCAACGGUGGUCAAACUGGUAGACAGAGACACCUUACUGAAAGAGAGAGAAGAAAAGAAAAGGGUUGAAGAGGAGAAGAGGAAGAAGAAAGAGGAGGCAGCCCGGAGAAAACAAGAGCAAGAAGCGGCAAAGCUGGCCAGGAUGAAGGUUCCCCCCAGCGAGAUGUUCUUGUCAGAGACUGACAAAUACUCCAAAUUUGAUGAAAAUGGUCUUCCCACGCACGACACGGAAGGCAAAGAGCUGAGCAAAGGGCAAGCCAAGAAGCUGAAGAAGCUCUUCGAAGCGCAGGAGAAGCUGCACAAGGAGUAUCUGCAGCUGGUUCAGAACGGAAGCUGCCCGUGAGCAGGUGUGGGACUGACGCUUUACCUGAGCCGUCGCGGGCCGCGGCUCCUCUGCCUCAGUGCCAACGCCCCAGCGCUCUGGUCAUGUUUACAUUGUCCGCGGGUCCUAGCUUAAGAGCUGUGUUCGUGUGGGUUCGUGCCGUCGGCAGCUCUGAGACACAAUAAAUUCUUCUAAACAGUGAGA